GUCUGAUCGCAACGGUACAAUCGGAUUUCAAUUCGGAGAAAGUUGGACCAAAAAGUGUUCCCCGACUGGGACCAAAUUAGUCCCAAUCAGGGACUUGCGUUUGGAAUAGAAGAAAUAUGGCAGCCCCCUCCACUGAGACGCCGAAACAGGAACAGAUACAUCAUCACCUUGGCCUCUUCCUCCAUUCUUUUACUAUAUAAGAAACCCAACUUCACCAUUUCUUCACCAUUCUUCAUCAAAUUCAUUCUGAGAGAUAGCCUUGAGUGUGGAGAACGCAGUGGUGCUGUCAAUUUGGAAGGAAACCGAGUCUAAGAUAUAUGAAAGUAUGGGGUUGUUUUGCCGAAGCUAAACUUUAUAAUCCCUUCUUGAAGAAACUCGACAUGAAAACUGUAACUUGCUACUUCAUUGGUUAUCCUUCUCAUUCAAAGGGUUACAGAUUUUAUUGUACUUCCCACGUCACUCGCAUUGUAGAAACCAAAGAUGCUCAUUUCCUUGAAGAUUUUGAGGUCAGUGGGAGCAGUGAAAACCCUUAUGAUGAAUUGCUAGAAGUACAAGACGUGGGGGGGAGAGACUUGUCGAUUACUUGACCUCAAAUUACUCCUCUUGUACUUAAUGCCAAUCCGCAGGACACUGCACCUCCUCCUAUUCCAAAUGUACCUGGAAAUGAAGACACCUCAAAUGA